UCAUGGCGGCUGCUUGAAAAUUCUAAAUUUUUUCCAAACAGACACAAAUUAUUGAAAGAAAGAUUGGUAUUUUUAUGGAGAAUGGUUUGUGAGGAACCCAUAAGGGCAUCUAUUUGGAAUGCUCUGCAUCAUUAUGCCUACAAAGACGCAAUAUUUUUAGCAGAAAGGUUGUAUUCUGAAGUGAAUUCUGUUGAUACUCUUCAUCUAUUAGCAACAUGUUAUUACCAAGGAGGAAUGAUACAGAACACUUAUUCACUGUUACAAAGCAAGGGUUCUCUCUCACCACUUUGUCGUAUUCUCUUUGCUAAGUGCUGUUAUGAAUUAGAAAAGCUUUCUGAAGGAGAAAUGGCAUUAACAGGAGGAUGUCUUACAAAUGGCAAACCAAUAGAAACAAUAGCUAGUGAAUUUGGAAAUGCAGCAGGAUAUGCUCUGGCAAUGUUAGGUCAAAUAUGCAGGAAAUCUGACCAAACUAAGAGAGCAGUUGAAUGUUUCAAAAGUAGUCUAAAAUACAACCCCUGUUUGUGGAGCUCCUUUGAAGCUCUCUGCAAUUUAGGGGAGAAACCAGAUCCCUCUGAAUACUUUAAAACCUCAGCAUGUCCCAAGAUUUUCACAUCACUGACACACAGAGAGAGUAUGACAACUGGUUUGUCCACUUCUACUCUGGGAAGCACCUCUAGCAUCAACAACAAAAGACAAGCAGAGGAGUACAUGGCUACAGAAAACCUGGAUCCUUCAGAAAACAGUACACCAUCUUUUGGUAGUGGAAUCUCACCAGAAAUGUCUGAUAGUGGAUUCCUGGUUCCACCCACCCCUAUGAGUUCCAUCAGUGAGAAUAGAGUUAGAGCUAGAGUGGGAAGAAAUCUGCUUGGUAGUAAUCAGUCAUCAAGUCCACUAACUCCAAGCUUUGGGAUGAUACCACUGGAUACACCAACAGAUCAGAAUGCAGUGCCAUAUAUUACCCCAUCACCAUCAGUACAUUCUUCCAAUGAUCUGCACACUGGACAUACACCAAAAGCUCCUGUGAAAAAGGGUGUCAGAAGAAAUGAUACAACAACCAAAUCAGCAUCAACCAAUGCUCAAACAACAACUUCUUCAUCUCUGAUUUAUACAAGAGCCUCCCAACAAACAUCUUCCAGUCAGUCGAUAUUAUCUUCGCCAGGAAAUAAAACCGUCAGACGAAGUACUAGGUUGUUUACCAUGAAUUCAAGUUCUAAUGAAGAAAUCACGUCGGAUAUUAAGAAGCCAAGAAGUACAACCAGAACUAGUACACUAAGGAAGACUCGGAGACAAACAAGAAACAGUAUUCAACAACCAUUAGGAACCUGCACGACCAAUGUCAUCCAUGGAGAAACAAAGACAGCAAGAGAAGAACAGCAAGACAAGCUAGUCAGGGGAACCCCAGGACACAACAGUCUUGAGGGGUUAAUGUCUCUUCUUCGACAAAUUGGUGCAGCAUAUCAAAAGCUUUCAUCAUAUGAAUGCAAGCAGGCUCUAAUAUUGUUCUCUAAUCUGCCUCCUCAUCAAUACAAUACUGGUUGGGUUCUAACUCAGGUUGGACGUGCUUACUUUGAAACAGCUGAAUAUCAAAUGGCUGAGAAAACUUUCACUGAGGUUCAGCGAAUAGAUCCUAAAAGAUUAGAAGGGAUGGAAAUAUUUUCAACAACAUUAUGGCAUCUACAAAAGGAAGUAGCUCUCUCAUCAUUAGCACAAGACCUGACUGAAGUCGACAGAACAUCACCUCAGGCAUGGUGUGCGACUGGGAACUGUUUCAGUCUUCAUAAAGAGCAUGAUACCGCCAUCAAGUUCUUCCAGCGUGCCGUACAAGUAGAUCCCAACUUCACUUAUGCCUAUACUUUACUGGGCCAUGAGUAUGUGUUAACAGAGGAACUGGACCGUGCAAUGUCCUGUUAUAGAAUGGCUAUCAAGGCUGACCCCAGACACUACAAUGCUUGGUACGGCAUAGGGAUGAUCUAUUACAAGCAGGAGAAAUUCAAUCUGGCUGAAGUUCAUUUUAGGAAGGCUCUUUCAAUCAACCCAUCUAGUUCUGUACUGUAUUGCCAUAUUGGUGUGGUCCUCCAUGCUAUGAAGAAGUCUGAAGCUGCCCUAGCAACCAUCAACAAGGCCAUGACUAUUGAUCCCAAGAAUCCACUCUGUAAAUUCCAUAGGGCAUCAAUCUUGUUUUCCACUGAAAAAUACCAGAAAGCAUUACAGGAACUAGAAGAAUUAAAAACAGUUGUACCAAGAGAAGCCCUGGUGUAUUUCCUAAUGGGAAAGGUAUAUAAAAAGCUUGGCCAUACUCAUCUGGCACAGAUGAAUUUCUCUUGGGCUAUUGACCUGGACCCCAAGGGUGCCAAUAAUCAAAUUAAAGAUGCCAUUGACAAGCGCUACCUUCCAGAUGACGAUGACAGCACCAUGGGAUUAGGAUGUAACGAAUCAUCAAUGGACCAAUCAGCUGAUGCUGCAGAUGAAGAACCAAUGGGACUGGAGCUUGACUCUGCAAGUAGCUCCAGUAUGGUAUUAUUCUAGAAUCUUCAAUCAAUAUAGGAAUAAGAAUUAAUGAUUUAUAAACUUGUGUACAGUAAAAAAUAUAUUGCCGAGGAAUGAUUUGCAACCAAAGCUUGAUGACUCUUAUGAAUUUGUACAGUAAGUGGUGUUGAUAAGUUGACUGUAGGGGGUUAGUAAAUGCCUUUUUUCAGAGACUGUUCAAAGCAGGAUUUAUAGUAAACUUUGUGAUUUAACCGUUGAUUGUGAAGGUUUUUGAUAAUGUCCCCAAUUCAACACAAUCCUAUACUAUUGAAUACUAGUGUCCUUUGGGUUUUAGAUAUUAGGUAAAAUUUCUUAUCUAUAGACUUCUAAUAGACCUUGCACUAAUACACUAAUAGACCUUUUUACUUAUAUGGCAGCCAUUUUGAAUUAUGGGAUGCUGAGGGGGCAAAAUUUAUGAAGCAUAGAGUGUCGUUGUGGUUAUGUUUUCAAAUAAUUUAAAGUCUUGGUGUUUUGCAUAUUGUUCUAAAAAAAUGUUACCAGCAAAUUCAAUUGCUUUUUAGAUGUGCUUUGAAAAGCACAAAGGUAUAUUAAAAAAACACCCUGACAGUAUUUGAAUUUUCCAAGAAUUACCCCUCUGCAUCCCAUACAAAAAUAAUUCAAGAUAUCCACUUUAUCGGUAAAAAGGUCUAUUCUUCAUGGGUCAAAACAAAGAAAAAUCUUUUCUCUUGAGAUCUGUAAACUUUGCUCAUGUAAAUGAUUUUAUUUUGCUGCCCAGCUUGAUGUUAUGUGCAAGGGGUCUAUUCUAGCUUGCCUCUGGUGGCUUCAAGUGUUCCAAGCUCUCACCCAUGUAAAAUCUAAUAAUAAAAUGAACUGUUGAAAUCAUCUUCAAUUUUUUUUACAAAGCACAAAUUAUAUUCAUGAUAUUAUACCUCAUGAUGACAAUAUCCAUUGUUUGUUCUUCUGCACACUGUUCUGCAUAAAACAUGAUUAUAAUCCCUCAUCAGGCAGUUCAUAGAGGUUGUAUCAUGAAAAGCUUUGUAAUACAGUUGGAUAUUUUUUUGAUCACCGUGCAAUGUUAACUCCCAUGAAAACAAAAACCUGCAACACUUGAAUCAGAGGCCGUGUGGGAAAAAUCUGUUUUUUAAGUCAACAGGGCUGAUGAAGGAGAAAGGUCCAUAGAGUGCAAAAGAUAUAACCAUGAAACUUUAGUAAUACUAAAUAGCACAAUUUCAUGCAAAUUCCAUUGUUUUCUAUUGUUUAAUUAGCACUAUUUUGUACUAUUUAGUAAUUAUUGUUUCACGGAUUGUUUGCACUCUACUCGGACUAGUAGAUUAGUCAAAAUACCAAUCCUUGUCAAAUGAGUAAAACUACCCAGCCGUAUUUUAAGACUUUCUGUUACAAAUUGUUUAUUAUGACCAAUAAAAAUGUUACGCCUUAUUUUAA